UAAAUAAAGCACAGGUCAUAAGGGGGAAAACUCAAUUUCCCACAAUACACCUCGAAAAGCCAAGACACGCCUCCGCGGGCGGAACUGUUUGAGGAGCUACGUGCAAAACUGCAUAUAGUAACUUUUCACCCAUUUAUGAUCCUCUUAUCAAUUGGCAGCUUGUGGACCGAUACAGUUGUUGUCGCUCAGUAGACAAAAUGACUUCUGUAGCUUUGUGCACAAUAAACAAAUCAGCGAGAUCAAUCGCAAGACUGUGCCAAGCGUCCCGCUCUGCGCAUGGCACAGCUGAUUUCCACUCUUUCGUAGCCCGUUACUCUACCCUCCGUAAAUGUGCCUUUCUUCCGGGAGGAAAAUGGUCAUUCAUAAGAGCAGGAACGAGACAGAUGUCUCAAGGGUCGCCGGGGAGGAUCUCACUCGGACGGUACGGUAAAGGUGUAUUUCUGGCUGCUGGGGCAGCAGCUGUCACCGGGGUCCUGACGGCAGGUGUGAGUCACUUUCAGCGGGCCGAGAUGGCAACGAAGGUAUCCAAGGUUGAAGAAGAAGAGGGGGACAUGAAGUCGUUCAUGUCUGUACCAGUCACUGACAUCAAGGUCUUAGAGCAGAGGAAAGACGCGAUGUGUACGAGAAUGGAGAUGCUCAUCAUGGAGACACAGGCUGCAUUCUGUAGAGCCCUUGAGGAGGUGGAUGGAGGCACGUUCAGGGUGGACAGAUGGAGUAGAAAGGAAGGUGGUGGUGGCAUCAGCUGUGUGAUGCAAGAUGGGAAGGUUUUCGAGAAAGCGGGUGUGAACGUGUCCGUGGUGUUUGGGAACCUCACUGAAGAGGCCGCCAAGCAAAUGCGCAGCCGUGGAAAAGUUCUGAAAGGGAAAGAUGGGAAGCUGCCGUUCUGUGCCAUGGGCGUGAGUUCAGUCAUUCACCCAAAAAACCCCCACAUUCCCACAGUGCACUUUAACUACAGAUACUUUGAGAUUGAGGAAGCAGAUGGCACAAAGCAGUGGUGGUUUGGUGGAGGAACGGAUCUCACUCCUGUUUAUAUUGAUUUGGAAGAUGCUGCCCAUUUCCACAAGACUCUGAAGAAAGCAUGUGACAAGCACCAUCCUAAGUAUUACCCAGACUUCAAAAAGUGGUGUGACAAUUACUUCUACAUCCGUCACCGAGCCGAGACGAGAGGCAUUGGUGGGAUCUUUUUUGAUGAUUUGGAUUCCCCCAAUCAGGAGGAGGUCUUUAAUUUUGUGAAGAGCUGCGCUAAAACUGUGGUGCCUUGUUACCUGCCCAUUGUAUACAAACAUCUAAAUGACUCCUUUACCCCUGAGGAGAAGGACUGGCAGCAAGUCAGGAGAGGCAGAUAUGUCGAAUUUAACUUAGUGUAUGACAGAGGGGUGAAAUUCGGCCUGGCCACACCUGGGUCACGCAUCGAGAGCAUCCUGAUGUCCCUACCACUUACUGCUAGGUCCACUUAUAACACAAGUUUUUUCCACACCAAACAACCAUUUCUGAAAAUGAGCUCAUAUGAUAACCUCAAACAAUAAAGGAAAAUGGGAUUCCUCAUGAUAUGACCCUUUUAAAAACUCAAAGUGGGAGUACAUGCAUGAGCCCACAAAAGGCAGCAAGGAAGCAGAGAUGCUGGAAGUCUUACGAAACCCUAAAGAAUGGAUCUGAUUGAGAGGAAGACCAAUUUAACCAGUCAUCAAUAUUGCCAUUAUUGGGUGAGAACUGUGAAAAUGGGGGGGUGGGUUUGUCUCGGGAUUAGCUCAGUGAUACUAAACAUAUUUCAUACAACUUCUCAGACAGGACACAUUCUCAUCCUUUGACUUACUGAUUGUCUAUGCUGUCUGACUGCAGCACUGCACAAUUACUGGCUUGGCUGUAAUGAACUUUCUAUCACUGCCACUGGCUGUAUGGAUCCACUGGAAAUGCAGUGUUUACUCCUGUGACAGUGUUACAGCUUUGUUUCUGCUUGCACUGUUUUAAUCAUGACUGCUGGUGUAUUCGAAACCUGUAAUGACUUUGGUAUGCUGUUUUUGAAUGGAUGUGUUAAUCACUUAUGUCUAAAUCUCAUGUCAUGUUUACCGCGUGCUGAUGUAAGCGUCAUGCCAUUAUUGCUUUUCUUACCCUGUUCAUUUUCUUAAUGCCUCACUUCAAGGCUGUUUUAUUUCCUGCCAUGUGCUAAUACAUAUCUAUUUCUGUACUGCCUUUUUUUCUUUUUCUUUUUUUUAAAAGGAAUAUUAAAACAUGCAUUAUAAUUAGUUGUAUUCUCAGGACAUUAUAAUGUUGAUAUUCUGUGUAUUACAAAAUAAUAAAGUGUUUUUAUAUACUA